UGAAAACUAGUAUGUUUACGGUAGAGGAUACGGUUACGGAGAGAGCAGCGAGAGGAUGACAGUUUGCUGUGCCCGUCUCUCUGCUCCUUCCUCAGCUGCAGUUACGAACAGAUAUAGAAUUUCUCUUACUCACAACUUUCCUCUCCAUUCCAAAAUAUUCUAUACUCUUAAUUCGCUUACCCGCUCAAAAUGUAGUCAAGCAGUGGUGAAGAGCGAGACGACAAGGAAUCGGAACUUCGCAAUUUCUCCAAAUUCUAGUGUGGCGGUGCCUUCAGAUGAUUUCGUGGUUGUGAAUUUUUAUCGAUUUGUGUUUAUCGAAAAUCCCCAUGAUGAAGUUGCGAAGCACCUCUCUUUCUUGAAGGAUCUUGACAUACAUGGCCGCAUUUAUCUGAGUGAACAAGGCAUUAAUGCCCAGUUCAGUGGACCAUCAAAAGAUGCUCUUGCAUAUGUUGAAUGGUUAAGAGAAGAUAUCAGAUUUUCUGAUAUAUUGGUUCAAGUGUCUCCAGCAAUAAAUGGCCAUGCCUUCCCAAAAUUAAAGCUGCGCUACAAACCCUCAUUAGUUCAGUUGGAAGGAGGCAUUUCACACCUUCCUUUGUUGAAUCCGUCGGUGAGAGCAACACCUCUAACACCAUUUGAGUGGAGAAAAAGAUUAGAAGCAGCACAUGAAAUUGAUGUGAUGUCAAAUUCAACUAUUGGUUCAAAUUAUGUUCUAUUGGAUGUAAGAAAUGUCACAGGUGGAGUUUGUUAUGCCAGCUGGAGAAGUUGUUGCAAAGCUUGUGGGAAGGCAGGUUAUGAGUGGGAUGUUGGUCAUUUCAUUGGAGCUCGGCGACCUGAUACAGACUGCUUCAGGAGCACUUCUUGUGGACUAACAAAUAGAGAGGUCAUUGCUUCAGAUCCUUUAGCAAAUGCAGAUAAAAAUACCACAAAUAUAUUUAUGUAUUGCACAGGAGGCAUUCGUUGUGAUGUGUAUUCUACCAUCCUAAGACAACAGGGUUUUCAGAAUUUGUACACCUUAAUGGGAGGGGUUUCUCAUUAUCUUAACGUAGAAGGCCCUAGAGGAUGGAUUGGAAAUUUGUUUGUGUUUGAUGAUCGACUUUCUCUCCCACCUUCCGCUUAUAAUCCUGAUGCUGAUUCUAGUGCUACAGAAAUAGUAACCAAAGCUCAGGGAGGAUCAGGGAACUAUUCAUUUGCUAACUGUUAUGUUUGUGGAUCACAUGUCCAUGAAUUGAGGCAUCGAAACUGUGCUAAUCUCGAUUGCAACUUGCUUUUUCUGUGCUGUAUAAACUGUGUGAAGGAUUUAAGAGGAUGUUGCUGUCUGAAAUGCAAAACUUCUACUAGGCUUAGGCCUGUUUUGGCGGGGAAUCAGAGAUACAAGAAAUGGCAUACUUACCGAGAAGUGGAAAUGCAAAGCAAGUUGACAGAAUGAUCCUUGAUUACUAGAUCUUCAGUCCACCGUCUUCUCAUGGGCUUUGUCUCUUGGCUGAACUGUCUGGGCACAGGUGAACUUUGACAGAGAACUUGGAAUUGUUUAAGCUGAUCUGUUUGCUGCAUAAAUCAUCUAGCCGAAGUUGUUAGGUAAAAGGGAUUCGUUUUAGAAGAGGUUCAUGUUUGUAGUUUAUAUUAGGCAGUUAAGGGAAAAUUCAGAGCAAAGAAAUGAUUACAGGUCAUGAAUGUGAAUUUUUUUUUUCCGUUAUUUCCUCGUGUAUUUUAUUUUAUCUUGUGACAUUUUCUUUGAUUCUAUGUCAUGGAAAAUCCAACGUUUAGUACUCAAGUGGUAUAUUUUGAGCACACAAUGAUCUAUUUCAUGUC